CGGCGCGCCCGACAGGCCGUACGCAGUAGACGUUCGCACACGGAGCCACACGGUACCGCGAUGUUCGCGGUGACAUCCACCCCCGCGUGCGUUCGCGCGACCCAGGGCACCGCCCUCGCCGGUGGCAAGCGCUGCGGAAGAAUCUUCAACUCCCUGUCCACGCCUGUCGUCCGCCGAGAGCGCCGGGGCGCCUCGCUCCGGGUGAACGCCGAGUUCAGCAUCGGCAAGCUCACCAGCGUCUUGGCGAAGAAGACCAAGGGCGAUCUCGACCGCGUGUUCAAGGGCACCAGCAAGACGCGCGAGAAGCUCAGCUACAUGGACGAGGUCCUCGCGCUGUGGAACCUCGACGGCCUGGAGGACACGCUCGAGGAGCUCGAGGACACCCUCCUCAGCGUCGACUUCGGCCCGACGACCGCGAUGAACAUCCUGGACGUCGUCAGGGAGCGGUGCGAGAAGGGCGAGAUCAAGACCGGCGCGGAAGUCAAGGCGGCGCUCAAGAGGGCCAUCGUGGACAUCCUCGUCCGCGCCAACGACGGCAAGGAGGGAACUGCUCCCCUCAAGCUGAACGAGGGCGACGGGCCCUCGGUCAUCAUGGUCGUGGGCGUCAACGGCGGCGGAAAGACCACGACGGUCGGUAAGCUCUCCCACCGCUUCGCCAAGGAGAGCGGCGCGAAGGUGAUGCUUGUGCCGGGAGAUACCUUCCGAGCCGCCGCCGCCGAGCAGCUCGCGACGUGGGCCGAGCGAUCCGCGGGGGUCAUGGCCACCUACAAGGACGGCAUGAAGCCCGGCGCGCUGUGCUACCAGGCGGUGGACGAGGCGAUCAAGAUGGGCGACAUCGACAUCGUCCUCGCGGAUACCUCGGGCAGGCUCCACACCAACUGCGACCUCAUGGACGAGCUCGCGGGUAUCAAAAAGUCAAUCGGCAAGAGGAUGGAGGGGUCGCCGCACGAGGUGGCGCUCGUCCUGGACGGGACCACCGGCCUUAACAUGCUGAACCAGGCGAGGGAGUUCAACAAGAUGGUGGACGUCACCGGCAUCAUCCUCACCAAGCUGGACGGCACCUCGAAGGGCGGCGCGGUGGUGAGCGUCGUGGACGAGCUCGGCGUGCCCGUCAAGUUCGUGGGAGUCGGCGAGGCCAUCGACGACCUGCAGACGUUCGACCCGGUGAGCUUCGUCGACGCGCUCUUCCCGGACGACCCGGCGGAGUGAGAGUUUAAGAGUUCUUCGUCAACCGCGAGAAUAGGCGGUCCUCUGUUGUUCGUAUAUAAGGUACACUAAGUGUUACCCUCCCCCGCCGCCUCUGAGAGUCGUCGGAAGCGGCGGGAGCCGCCUCGGGGUCUCGUCCCCGACCUUUGACAGCCGCGCCGCGCCGAGCACAGCCUCCGGCAGCUCGUCGUCCGCGUGCGGCUCGAUCAUCAGCACGAUCUCCUCGACGCUGUGCUUGGAGCACCACUUGAGCGAACGAUACACCCGAUCUGCGAACUUCGAGCUCGAGAGGUCCAGGUCGAUGGCGAAGUAGUCGGCGCCCUCGUGGUAACUCAACGCGAACUUCUUACCCAGUAUGACGGGCCGCCUGGGCACGGUCUGCCGCAGCGCCCACGGCGCCUCCAUCAGCGCUAUGACCAUCUUGAACCUCGCGUCCCGUUCGUUCCGGUCCCCCCGCACGAACCGCGCCAGCGCGCGACCAAACGGAGACUCUUCCUCGGCGUCGAGCAGCUCCCUCAGCGACCUUCCCGCGUGCCUCCCCGCGGGCCUGAAGUAGAGCGCGAUGCUGACGUGCGGCGGGCCGGGGUUCAUGAACUGGAACACGAACGUCCACGGUUCGUCGCGUCCCGACGCGCUCGCGUCGGUCCUCGCCGCGCGCUGCCUAUUGAGCCAACUCUCCGGUCUGGCGUUCGCCACGUUCGCGCACGGCCCGUCGUCGAACGAGAAGACGUCCACCUUGACGCACUCCAUGACGGCCGGCGCCGGCGCCUGCUUGCGCCAGUCCCUCAGGUAGUUCGGGCCCCGGACUUUGAGCCAGUCCCGUACCUCGCACUCCGCGCUCCAGUGCUUGGACGCGGCGUCCGGGGGGUCCGCAUUCGUGACGGGGUGCUCCUCCGCCUCG